AAGUUAUUACUGUUAACAUUCAGUUCUAGUUUAAAGUGGCAUGUUGUCAAUUACACUUUCAAAGAAAAAAAUUCAUAUAUAGAUGCCCAUUUCUCAUUUAAAUAAACUAUUUUUAAAUUUAAAAUGCGCAGCAUUCAAUUUGUGUUCGGUAUGCUGUGUAAAGUGUAUGCAUUUCAAUGUUGAAACAGAAGAUUGCAGUGGUAAGUCUGCUCAUGAACCAUGUUUCUCAGAGAUACCGUGAAAGCAGGGCAGUUGAACGAAAAAAUUUUUUUCAUUCUGGUAAAAAUAAUGUACAGAAUUAAGCUGUAAGUAGUGUUACAAAAGCAAUUAAACGUGCGUCGACUUAUCAUGCAUGGUAAUACUUAAAAAUUUUUCAAAUUACGAUGACUGGCUUCAGAUACAAAACAGGUGACAGAUCUAAGGAUAUCUGCUUUGUUGGGAUUCAGCUGGGUUCUGUGCGAUGUUAUCUGUCCAGCCUUGCUGAACAGCUUCUCCAACGGAGAAGAGGUCACCUGUACGCAUAGAUGCCUCCUGGGCAGAGCAGCAAGGAGAGGGUACUCUUCCUGCUUCCUCUUCCACCAGCAAAGUGGGUCACCAUCCACGUGGAUGCAGUGCAGGUCACAGUAGGUAGCCAGCUCCUUCCGCAUUAUCUCUUUCUAGUGUGGAUUCUACAUGGGUUCCUGGCCUAGAAGUUAAUGUAUUUUGUUUUUUGCUGGAGGAGGUUUUUUACUUUGGAGUUUGUUGCUUUGAUCUCUUAAUUCUGCAGUGGAUAGGAUGAUGAUGGGGUGUCAUUUAUUAUUUAUUCCUCUAUAAUAUGCCUGUCCUUGUAGCAAAAGAAUAUUAUGGAAGUUAUUGUCAGGGUGCAAGACGAUUAAUUUCUCAGAUGGCAAAAUUUCCAGCCUAUAAAAAUGCAAAACUCCUCCCCCCAGUGUUUUUCAUCAAAACUACCCCAAACUAGGAGUAGUCGUUAAUUUAAUUUGGCUUAUUGACCAGCCAAACUGUCUUUGGGUGGGAAUUGAAGAACGUUGUGACAUUCAGCUGCAUUGUCUUGUUUAGUUGAUAAAACCUGGAAGGAGGGUGUUUUCAUGCGUGUCAAACUCAGUCUACAGAGCAUUGUUUUGACUGUUGCUCUAUGCUGUAACCACUUAAGUGGGUCACUUAUUAGGCCACAAAUAUUUUAGCCCACUUCGGUAUGUUUUCAUAAAAUAUUUGCAUCAUGGUUCAAUUGUCACCACCUUAUAAAAGAAUCUGCAACACUAUACUAUGUUCAAACAGUCCUUGGUGUCAUGAGAAAUUACCUCCAUUAGCCAGUUUUUUGUUUUAUUAAGCGUGUCUGCUGCAAAAUAUCCUUGAGUUUGUAAACCAUCAUUCGGGCAUCUGUUGGCUGCAUGCUGUUACUCUGAUUUGCCUGUAUGUUUAUUGAAAGUGACCAGGGACACUCCUGGGAUAGUACUGUAGAACUUGGCACAAUACAAGCAGAGGAGUGCUGUGCAUGUGUUUGUAGUAUGGAACAUUAUACAUCAAACAGCUAUGUUGGUUUGGAUGUGUAUGCAGCAUAAUCUUAAAAUGUAUUUUUCUGGCACAACGUCUACUAUUGCGUUGCAUGCUUUGCAACAAUACCAGGUUUGCCUGUUUGUUUUCUUUAUCUAUCCGACUUCUGGUGUUUGAACAUUAAUAAUAGCAAUACCGUGUAUUUUUUUUUCCAUUUGGAAAACUUGUAAAAAGUAAUAAGAAUUACGUUUUACAGCAUUUGAUUUUCAACAGCAUUGUAUCUUCAUCGUUUAGGAUUAUGGUACAUCAGCCAGGAUGUCUGAGGUGGUUUAUGAUGAUAGACUUAAAGAACCUAAGUUCUAUACUCCAUUUGGGGUUUGUUACUGAAGGCAAAUUGUCUCCCCUUCUCAUAUCCUGUUUGUCUACGUGAGUUUAGAUUGAUGGCCUCUUCAUGCUGCUUCUUUGUUGGUAUGGCAGGUUACACAAGUUGUGCUGAUCUGUCUUGUUUUACUUGACUGUUAUUUACUUAACUGUUAAUGUGUGGCAAAAGUCACCAAAUGAAACACCCUUUUGUUUUGAAGCUACAGUAUUUUUACAUAUUCAGAUGCUUUUCUCGAAAACGAUGUACAUCUUGGAGAAUACAGUUUGUCCAUUACAUUAUCAGAAAGGGAGGCAUAGUUGCAGAUGUGAUUCUUAAGUUAGUUUGUUUCUUUUAACCAUAAUUUUCUCCCACUGGCAAUGGAUUAUAGCUUUUGUUUAGAUGUGUUAGCAGAGCUGGUAAAUUUCUUCAGCUUAUUGCAUUUCCUUUUUCUUAUACAGAGUUAUUUUGUUAAGACUGUAGGCACACAAACUUGAAAAUAUACUUUGGUUUCAAAGUCUCAUGUUUGUUUGAAAGAGGUAAAGGGAGGCAAUAAGAAAACUCAAGAUCUUUCAGUUGUCAAAGGACCUGCAAGAGCUAGGGCUCAAAGUCCAAGUCAUGGAAUGAAAAUUAAUGUUUCAAAUUGUGCGUUAACUUGCAGUUAAUGUUAAAAAAAAAAAAAAAAAAAACACAACCAGAAUGAAAUGGAUGUUAACACUGCUAUCAUGGAGCUGCUGGUAAUGGCCUAUGCCCUGAAGACCUCCUGCGCAAAGAACAUUAUUGGGGUUAUUCCAUACUUCCCCUAUAGUAAACAGUGCAAAAUGAGGAAAAGGGGUUCCAUUGUGUGCAAACUGCUAGCCUCCAUGCUAGCCAAAGCAGGUUUAACCCAUAUCAUCACUAUGGAUUUACACCAGAAAGAGAUCCAGGGCUUCUUUAGUUUUCCUGUGGACAACCUGCGGGCCUCACCCUUCUUGAUACAAUACAUCCAGGAGGAGAUCCCAGAUUAUCGAAAUGCCAUCAUUGUUGCAAAGUCCCCUUCAGCUGCUAAGAGGGCCCAGUCCUAUGCAGAGAGGCUGCGGCUAGGCUUGGCAGUAAUGCACGGGGAGGCCCAGUGCUCCGAGUCUGACAUGGCUGAUGGCCGACAUUCUCCCCCUUUUGUCCGCAACACCACAGGCCACCCCGGCUUGGAACUGCCGUUAAUGAUGGCUAAGGAAAAACCACCCAUCACCGUGGUGGGAGAUGUAGGAGGCCGCAUUGCCAUCAUAGUCGAUGACAUCAUAGAUGAUGUUGAGGACUUUGUUGCAGCUGCGGAGAUCUUGAAGGAAAGGGGUGCUUACAAGAUCUACAUCAUGGCAACUCAUGGACUCCUGUCUGCUGAAGCACCCAGACUGAUAGAGGAGUCUGCUAUAGAUGAGGUGGUUGUGACGAAUACCGUCCCGCAUGAGGUGCAGAAGCUUCAGUGCCCCAAAAUCAAGACUGUAGAUGUGAGCAUGAUAUUGGCAGAAGCUAUCCGCCGUAUCCACAAUGGGGAGUCCAUGGCCUACCUGUUCCGAAACAUCACUGUGGAUGACUAGGAGGGUGCAGAGUAAAACCUUGUGCCGGGGUUGGAACUCUAGGCGCCCAUUCGCACCUACAUUGGGACAUAAACGCUCUGUCCCAACUGUUCUUUCAUCUGUUCACCUGCCAGUGCUGGAGAUAUUUCUCUCUUCAGGUUAUACCUUCCUAUUUUGCUGUUUCUGGCUUGUGUGAUUAAAGUUCCUGUUAUCUAAUUUUUGGCAAGCCCAUUACUGAUUAACACUUGAGUGGUUAAGGUAAAACAGAUGAGCGCGGUAAUAGCUGAGUGAGCCAGUAAACUUUAUCCUAGUCUGAAAAUAAACCUCUGUUCAGUGUUCUUUAUUGCAUACAUGCUGACUUUGGGAUAAGCAGUGAAAACUUAGGUAUCAUCUGCUUAAAGACUCUGUGUUGAAGUGUUCCCUGGGCCUAUAUGUCAUUCAUACUUUUAAAAAAAAAAAAAAAAAAAAGCUUUACCUCAGUGUUCCAGUUCUUAAACUGCUAUACUUCUGUAUUGAAAUUCAAGGGUGACAACUAGGAAACACUAACAUUGUAUUUGUGCUCAUCCAUUGG